CUAAACAUUCUCUCACCUAUUUCCUCUCUCGAGCUAUAUAAACGCCACCCUCUUAAAGGGGAAGAAGAAUCCCAAAAAACUACUACUUCUACAAAAGUCUCUCCUCCUGUUUUGUGUGUUCGGCAUGCGGAAAACUGUUCAUCUCCCCAUCCGGGAAACCUGCCAACCUUGAGGUUUUUUCAGUUAGGGUUUAAGUUCAGACACAGAGAGAGAGAGAGAGAGAGAGAGAGAGAGAGAGAGGAUAUGGUGAAACGGCUGGAAAUUCUCAACUUCUCGGAGAGUUCUCCUCAGUUCUGCAAAGUCUAUGUGCCUGAUCUGUCCUAUCACCGACUGGGAAUCCCACAAGAUUUUGUCAAGCAUUUCACUGGAGAUUUGCCGUAUAAAUCUACAAUCACUACUCCAGAAAAAAGAUCAUGGCAUGUAGAACUGAAAGAGGUCGAUGAACAUUUGUAUUUCCAAGAAGGUUGGCAGCAAUUUGUGCAUGACAAUUCCUUAGUAUUCGGAGACUUUCUCAUAUUCUACUAUGGUGGCAAUGCACAAUUCUAUACCAAGAUAUACGGGAAAAAUGGUUGUCGAAAGAAGGUUAGCGAGCCUCCUAGGGAGAUUGACAAAGAAAUCACACAUCCCCAAGACAAUCAGACAAUCGAACGAAGGAAGUCUAAACGACUGGCACAAGGAGCCAAUGGCGAGGGAAGUGCUCAGAAAGAAUUGUGUCCGACAUUUUCAUCGGCGACUCAAGAGCGCACUCGUAAAGAAGCCAGCAAAUUCGUUUCUGAAUUUCCAUUCUUCGAAGUAGUUAUGAGCCCUAGUUACAUCAAUAAAGGGCUUGUGAAUGUACCAUCAAGCUUCCAUAUGUACAUGGAGGAUAGACAUGGUGCAACACUUGUAGUUUCAGAUCGGUCUUGGCCUGUGCAAUUGAGCAAAACCAGAGUGAGGUUCUGUCAUGGUUGGUCCACAUUUUGUAGGGAAAACACGCUUAAAGUAGACGACAUUUGUGUUUUUGAACUAAUUGAGAAAAAUGAUGUUGUACUGAAAGUUUCUAUUUUCAGAUGCCCAGAUUGAGCGAUUAUAUUUCUGAGAGCAAAAAUUCCAAGCAGCUAGUAAAAACUCAUUGGCUACAUUCCCUUUUCUUUUGUGAGGAAAAUCAUCAUCUAUUGUACUUGUCUCAUAAAAAAAGAAGAAAUCUGGAAGGCAGUAGCUAGGAGCCAUCAGUUCUAAAGGGUUUAGGUCCAUACUUCAAUUAAGUCUCGAAUCGUACUAUCGAAUCUUUUUUGCCAGUUUUGUGUGCAUCAAGUUGUUGUUCUGGCUUCAUCAUUGUACUAUCGAAUCUUUUUUGCCAGUUUUGUGUGCAUCAAGUUGCUGUUCUGGCUUCAUCAUUUUGUAUCUUUCGUCUGGUCAAUUACUAAACGUGUUGUGGUAAUAUCAUCAUAUAAUGACCUUUUGUUGCUUUUUUU